CUUUUAACUGUAAAACAGUGUUAGCAUUCUUCUAUACAUAGAACACAUCGUUUAUUACCAGAGCAUAUGAUCAGAACCAUAUUGUUACCUCAUAACCCAGCAGGAGGCCAUAAAAUUCUUUGUUCCUCCACAUGGUUCUGAUCACCGUACCUUUGGUCAUUUCUUUCUCAAAACUCAACCCUCAAAGUCCCAAUAAUGGAUGUACAAAACAAGAAUCCACAUAUACUAGAAGUACCGGAAGAUACUAAUCAACAACUCCCACAACAAGCACCAAACCCUGAUAUUGUCUUCGAUCUAAGACUCAUGUCCAACAGAGAAUCCGAUCAGAAAUUGAGUGCCAGACUCAAUCUCAUCGAGCGCUUUAAUUCAAAUAUAUGUUCAGAGGCUAGUACUGAUAAUCCUAGAGGUACUAAUCAUGAGCGUACUAGUCAUGAGCCUAGAGUUUUCUCCUGCAAUUAUUGUCAAAGAAAGUUCUACAGUUCACAAGCACUUGGAGGUCACCAAAAUGCUCACAAGAGAGAAAGAACACUUGAGAAGAAAGGAGUGGCAAACAAGAUUGGUGCAGCCUCAGAUAACUUUAGGCUUCUUUCACACAGAUUCACUAGCAUGUCUUCUCUCCCUUUGCAUGGCUCUUUCAAUACUAGGUCACUCGGAAUUCAAGUGCAUUCUACCAUUCACAAGCCUUCCUGGAACCAAUCAAGUCUUUAUGGCCAUGAUAACAACUUUCUGAGACCCCCCAUCGAUCAACAACCUGCAAUUGCGCGGCUUCCUGCCUUUGGAUCCAUGUCAUCGUCUUCUUCGAGUAGUGGUGGUGUGGGAAGGUUCGAGGGUAGUACUGCUCGGAAGUUUUCUCCUGUGGCUGAAAGAAUCGGAGGUUUCUGGUGGAAUAGUAGUGUUAGCCAUUUGAAGACUACGCAAGAUCACGAGCUGCAGAAGCUUGACUUAUCCCUCAAGCUAUAACUAAGCACUUUUCCAAUCUGUUACUUAUCUUAUAGUUUUCAUUUUUUGAAUUUGAAUCCAAGCACCCCUUGUUUUGUUCUGUCAUUUAGUUUUCAGGUAUGAUCGAUGACUAUCAAGUUGCAACGUCUGUAGUCUGUACAAUAUUCUUCAUUUUAGCUAUAGCUGUCAACAUUUUCACAGAGUUGUUCUGGAAUUCUAAUUGUGGGUUAGCUAGCUAGGUUGGAACUUUAUUUGAAGUUGCG